AAACAACCCUUACGCUCCCGAUGUGCCUUGUCACCGGGUCAUUGCGAGUGACGGAUUCGUCGGAGGGUUCAUGGGGGACUGGGAGAAAGCACCCAGCGGCAUCAACCAGACCAAGAAGCUACGCCUGCUUGCCGAGGAAGGUGUGCACUUCGACACAGAGGGCAAGCUCAUUACCAGCAGUACCACCACCACCACCCCUACCACUACCAGUAGCAGCACUGUCAAGAAGAGACCCAAAAGACAAGCAGCGGGAGUAGGACAUGUAUGGUUUGAUGGCGCCUCAUCUUUGGACUCAGACUUAGACAACGCCCGAGAAGAGUUGAAAAUCAUCAUGGAGAAAGGGACGGGCAAGGUGUGAUCCUGAAUCGAGAUGCUC